GUUUCAAAACAGUGCACCUAAAUCAAAAAGCAGUCAAAGUGAAACGGGCUAAGCAACAUUUUGUUACGAUUGACCCAAAAUGGAUUCUUUGGACGAGGACGUGUCCGCGCGAGUCCUCCUGCGGCACGUGCUGCACGCUGAGAUUCCAACGUCCCCCGUGACGCGCAGAGCGUCUCGGGCCCAGCGGGAGUCCUCAGGGCCCCGGCGGAGCGCCAGGCUGCGGAAGAGUGACGCCGCGCUCCUGUCUCCUCAGACGGCCCUGCGGCACAAGCUCAAGCAGAACAUGCGAGAGAGCAUCUCCUCCAUUUCAACCCUUCAGCCCAGAAGGUCGUCUCUGUCGACCUUGAGCAGGCAGGUGAACACGCCUGCGGCCACGCCCUCCCUGCCUGUGGAUGAUGAUGACCUCACAGCCCGUGUCCUGCUGAGGGGAAUUUUACGGACAGAACCCGAGACCUCCCUGCUGGUACCGGACCGGCACCGGAAGAUGGAGGGGGAGCCUGCCUCAACUGAGUCCAGCCUGUGCAGCAACCGACCAAGCAUCGGAACAUCAGACCUGGAGCUCCCAGAUCUCCCCACAGUGAACCUCACCACGGCCGUCAGGGGCAUCAGCAGGAAGAGGCCCAAGAGGAGCUUCAACGUUUCUGUGUUUGAGAGGAAGAUUGACCAGGUUGACGAUGAGCAGGGCGACCAGGAUCGUGACGCAACAGAAGACCUCUCCACCAUGUCUGGUGUGUCUGCAAGCUCUCUGACGCUGUCGCUGAAGACGCCCCACGUUGACCUGCACACCGACAGGCAGGCGCUGCAGAGGAGGGCCCGUAAGCGCAAGAUGAUCAGCGUGGAGGCCUUUGAGGAGGGCGUCCACAAUCACCUGGCCAGGAAGAGGGUCCCAGACCGUGAGCAGAAUGAGUCCCUGGGUGAGACCGGCGUCAUGGAGAAGUUUACCCUGGGCCUCAGUGACACCAGCGACACCACCAACGUCUCCAACGUCGUCAUGAGCGACACCGCUCUGUACCCCCAGCCUGUCUUCACGGCAAUGACGCCCCACGGCAUCUCAGCCUCCGCGUCCAUCUCCAUAGCGAGCAAAGACACCGUCACGGCAACCCAGAUCCAGAGGGAGGUGGAGGAAAGGGCGGGGCCGACAGGAUGGAGCGCACAGGAGGAGGAGGUGAUGGAGGAGGGCAGAGAGAGCCAGGCUGGCAGGGAGGAUGAGGGAGUGACAGCAGGAGAAAAGAAUGCUGAUGAAGAGGAGGAAAAAAUGGAGGCAGAGGAGGAAGAGGAAGAGGAGGAGGAGGCUGUAGAAUCCGAGAGGGAGGAAGAGGAGGAGGAGGCUGUAGAAUCCGAGAGGGAGGAGGAGGCUGUAGAAUCCGAGAGGGAGGAGGAAGAGGCACCAGGUGAAACUGAGGUACAGGAGGAGGAGCAGGAGCCUGAGACGCAGGAAGAGGAAGUGACAUCAGAGGAACAGGUGAGGGUAAUGGAGCAUGUUUCCAGGAGAGCCUACCGCUCAGAGGGUGUCAUGAAGAUCCCUGGAAUGGCAGGAGGGCGGGGCUACAAGAGCUUAUCCCACGGCCUUCAGGUAGAGGACAAAGAGUCCGAGGAUGCUGUGGAAGGGGCGGAGUCUGGCCGGGUGUCAGAGGGCGGGGCCUCUGCGGGGUGGAGCAGUGGGCCGGAGGAGGGGAGCCGGGUGGUGCAGAACCUGCCCUCCAUCUCGUCCUCCCCCCACCCUCCAUCACCUGCAGGAUCACCGAAUGAGGUUCCCCCGUCCCCGGAACCCCUGCACACCAGCAAGGGGAGGAGUCAGCGAGAGGCGGAGGAACCUGUGGGCGGGGCCAGCAUCUCUGAGGAAGUGGGGGAACAGGAGGAUUUGAUCGCUCAGACGGGAUCCCCAGAAAUCAGCCCCGUGCGCCCGCAGACCCCCCACACCUCCGUACGAGCCGAGCCCCAAGCUGUGGACCAGGGUGAGGAAUCGCUGGAGGAAGAGGAGGAGGAGGAAGAGGGUGACGAUGGCUGCGAUAGUGAAGAGCUGUCCAUGAAGACGCCCGCUUUCGUGCGGGAGAGGAGGCGCAUGCAGACCCCCGGGCCCCUGGCCACGCCCAAUAUCCUGAAGCAGAUGAUGGAGGGGAGGGCUCCGCCCCAGGCCGCUCCCACCGCCAAGCCCAAAGCGCCGAGGAAGCAGCGGGCCGCCCCCUCCGGCGACCCCGGCCUGCCCAAGAGCUACAUCAUGUCUGUCUUCAAACACUUCGCCAAGACCAAGGUCUCCGGCGAGGUGUACCCCAUACUCAAGGAAAUAAUGGACAGGUACUUCGACCGUUUGGCCGACGAUCUGGAGGCGUACGCUGCCCACGCCAAGAGGAAGACUAUCGAGGUGGAGGACGUGGAGCUCCUCAUGAGGAGGCAGGGUUUCGUGACGGACACCAUGCCAGUCAACGUCCUGAUUGAGAAGUACCUCCCUCUGGAGUACAGGAAGCUGCUGAUCCCUGUGGCAACCAGUGGCAACAAGGUCAUCCCUAAGCAGAGAAGAUGAAGAAGUCCCUUACUUACCAUGUUCUUCGCCCUCCUUUUCCUCACGGCCUCCAGCACGCUGCUGUCCCGCCCCCGAGUCUCAAACCCGAGCCCUGGGAUGGGGUGGGAGUGGAGGCGGGCUGGCUCACCGAGGAAAUGCUCAGAGACUCAACAGCUUC